CCCCCUCUGACAGGAACUGACUCAAUUUCUACUGAAGUGAGAAGAUUAACACAUUCGUUCCGACCAGCUCAGGUGAAGGGAAGGGUAAAAGAUGUCCCAGGGGAUUUUGUUCAUUAAGCUGCUGUUGGUACAUUACACAACCCAGAGUUCAGAUGUAACUCAUGCAAACUGCAACGACGACAUCCCACUGAUGUGUCCAGGUGUUGAUCUUGACAGCAUGAAUUUCUACUCAGUCACAUGGUACAAGCAGCUCAGCAACCUAAAAAGACAAGGCAUCAUCAGGAGGGAUAAGGGUGGUAACACCACACAAUACUACAGCUUCCCUCGGGAGGUCAGAUUUGGAGAUAAGUACAGUCUGUUUCUCCGGAGUGUGCAGCCUGAAGAUGCGGGCGCCUACGAGUGUUACAUCAGUGCAAACGUAGGGAGUCAAAAUCUGAAUCGCCAAGUCAACCUGACCGUUGGUGAAUGCGUGACGAUGGCUGAACCGACGACAGUGACUAAAGUCACAACUCCAUCCAACUCACUCUGUAACAAACAAGCCCAGGACCUGCCAGUCAUGUGGAGUGUCGGAGGCUAUGUAGCAGUGGGCAUCACCAAAAUCAUUUUAUCUCUGAUCAGCAUUUGGGUUAUUCGAGCCGUUCAUAUCAGGUCUGAAAGACGGCGGCAGCAGCGGUGGGGAAGGUGACUGUGCAGCAGAUCGUGUUCCACACAGACAAAUCCUCUAAAUUUGCAAACACAAUUACUCUCACAUUUGCUUUUUUAUUAUAUUUAAGGGACUUUUUCAUUAAUAUUUCUGUAUCAUUUCCUCUGUUUUUUAAAAAUCUGUCACUGCGCUGAACCAAACAGUUUGUUGGUUGUUUUCUGAGCAUUAAAGAGGUCGACACAGCCAGAGAACAGGAACAAACACAAGAGGAAGCUGUUCUAAAAGGAAGGAAAACCACCGUAGUGUGUAUCACUAUUGUUUGUAAUAGCUGAUUUGUGAUUUGUACUGUUUUAACUUCUGAUGUACAGACAUUUACCAACAAAGUUUAAAAUAAAAAAAAAACCCUGCAAAAAUCAA